GCCCUCUCUUGGUGACAAUUGGUAAUCCACGUGUAGCCACCAAAAUGGAUUCCGAGCAGAAAACCACCGUCAUGGAUCAAGAAGAAACGAAGCCUGAAACGACAGAAAGCAACGGUUCUUACACCUUAGAGGUUUUGCAUAUAAUCAAAGAAUCGCAGCAGCAGCAUGGUUUGCGGCACGGUGACUACCAAAGAUACAGAAGUUACUGUUCCCGGAGGCUGCGUAGAAUACGAAAGUCUCUCAAGUUUAGCUACGGCAACAGGAAUAAGUACGUCCCGCGGAAAAUCAAAGAGGAGACCAUUACAGAUGUUAGGUUUUUAUACCUGCCCCUCAUCUGUGCCGAGCGUUGCUGGGCCUUCAUGAUGCAACUGAAGCAGGAAUCCAACACGGAGUUGCGGAAGCGUUUCCACCUCAUGUCCAGGAUGCUGAAGGCCGUGCGGUACGCCGAGGAGCUGGAGACCCUGUCGCAGAGUGAUAAAUGUGAUGCCAGGUCCAAGCUAGAAGCUCAGGCCUAUUGUGCAUGGAUGAAAGGGACGUUACAUUUUGAGAAGGAACAGUGGGAGGAUUGCAUUAAGACUUUCAGCACUGCCAAAAACAUUUACGAGAAGCUGGCUAGCGCCCUCAACGAGGAGCAACAGCUGCUGUACAUCCAGCGCGUCGAGGAGAUCACUCCCAACAUCCGCUACUGCGCAUACAACAUCGGCGACGAGAGCGCCAUCAAGGACCUGGUGGAGAUGAGGCUGAAGUCCGGCGGCAUGAUGUCUUCCAAUAUUGAUAGCCUUUUAGCACAGACACGAGAGAAGCAAGCACUGACGCUGAGUGAAGUGACUUGGAGAGGGCGACUUGUACCAGUCAAGAAUGAACAGGUGCGAGUGUUUCUGCUCAGCUGUGAGGAGAACGAGAAGCAACUGAAGAGUUCUAACGAUCCUGAGAGUCAGAUGUCCAUCUACGAGAGUCUACUCAUGGAAUGCAAGGACGCUCUGCAGAUACUCAGGGAUGAGAUGAAGGCUGACCCUUCUGUGAAGCAGCGUUCCCAGGCAUCAGACGGACCCCUCCCCAGCUCCCAGUAUCUCUACACGUACCUCAUGUACAUCCGCCUGACCAAGACGAUAGAACGCAACGUGAUUAUGAUUGAAACGCUCAAGGAAAACCUGCCGGAAGCAGGGAUAACGGUGGCGGUACCGCAGACGACGCAAGGCAGCACCAACAACAAGAAAGUCACCAAGCCGCAGGAUCUUAUUAGAAUAUACGACACUAUAUUACAGAACCUUGCAGAAAUUCCACAGCUUGCUGGCUUGGAGGACGACGACAGCCUACAGCAGGAGAUCAAGGCUAAAUCAUCCAAGUUUAAGGCAUUCAGGUGUUUCUAUCUGGCCCAGUCCUACACUGCCUCCAAGAAGUGGCGCGAGGCCUCGGCCCUCUACGAACGGGUCUUAAAACACAUUGAGACUGCCACCAAGGAGUUCAAGAAAGUCAAAGGCAAAACAAAGAAUGAAUUGUCGGUGCUGAAGGAUCUAACUCAGAAAGUCAAUGGUUUGAAGUAUUCAGCCCAUGCAUUGUCGAUCCUAGAUUCGGAGGAAAUCACGGAAGGCGUAGCCCAACUGGACAUCACCGCGGACAAGCGAGCGGUCAGCGAGCGCCUGCACAAAUACCAGGACGGUCCCGAGCUGGCCGCGGGCAAACCCAACCUGGUACCCUUCCCACCGGACUUCCAACCGGUGCCCUGCAAACCUUUGUUCUUCGACAUUGCCCUGAAUCAGAUCGAGCUGCCGUCGCUGGAGGACAAGCUGGAACAGAAACCGGCGGCCAGUGGGAUAACGGGUUUCUUAAAAGGCUGGUGGGGUGGCGGGAAGAAGUAGGAAAAAAAUGUGGGGGGAUUUAAAAGAUAUUGUGUCAUCAGGAUUUUCCUCUGUAUCCAAAAAGCACAAUUUCUCAAAAACCUCAUAUUAUAUUAGGAUUAUUAAUAACCUGUGUCCUUUUCAGACCACCUACUUGAAACUCUCCCCAAGUUCAAUCGUUCAGAAGACCUCUCU